CACUGUCAGAGUGAAACUAAGGGCUGAAACCAUCUAGACUUCACCGAGUUUUACUAUUCGCUAUUGUCAAUUAGUUGAGGUAAACUUACCAACAUCAAGUCAUUGAUCAAGUCAUCAGUUGAAAUGAAUGGAUCUAGUCUCCCAAGACUGUGUCUACUACUGGUGUUGGUGGCAGUUGGGCCAGCCAACAGUUCUCUGAGACUCUACGUCACCCCAGACUCCUCCUCCUCUCCCUGCCCUCCCACCACCACCUGCUACACUCUCCAACACUACACCCAGAACUCAUCCUCUUACUUUGUACCUGGAGCAACUCUCCUGUUUCUCCCUGGUACACACUCUAUUUGUUCCCCUGUCCACGUUCAUCAGUCUGCUGCAUCAGAGGAGCCCCUUCAAUUAUUAGGGAUGGAAGACGAGACAAUCAUCAGUUGCGAGGUGCCACUCUCUCUGUCAUUCACCAAUUACUCAAGCCUGACCCUGUCCCAAUUGGUAAUCAGUGGUUGUGGUACUCGUCAGCAGCCGGCACUGCUCUUCAACUCAGUGCAAUCCCUCCAACUGACAAGCUUGAGGAUCCUCAAUAGUUUGUCUACUGAUGUGCUAGCUGUGGGUGUAGCAAAUGUAAGUAUCACUGACAGCAGCUUCAGUGCUGGGGAUGAGAACGCUAACACAACAGUUGUUGGUCAGUGUUCUAACAACAAGGCAGGGACACUGUGCGAUGGUUGUAGAGAAGGACUUAGUCUCACUCUUGGUCACCCGACCUGCAGGCAAUGUUCUAAUGAACAUCUCUCUCUCCUCUUUGUUUUUGUUCUCAGUGGACCACUUAUACUGGCGUUUAUCAUGAUUCUCGAUCUCACAGUUGCUAGAGGCACAAUCAAUGGUCUUCUCUUCUAUGCCAAUAUCGUGUGGAUAAAUCGCUACCUGUUUUUCAACUCGCAAGGAACAUCAUUUGCGUUUGUGUUUCUUGCUUGGCUCAACCUUGAUCUUGGAGUGGCGACUUGCUUCUACGAUGGACUGGAUAUGUAUGCCCUCACCUGGUUACAGUAUGGCUUCCCUCUCUAUGUCUGUCUCUUAGCUUUACUACUAGUAGCCCUCUCUCAUUGGUUCCCUCGUCACCUCUGGCUGACAAAGAUUCUCGCCAGUAACUCAACCUCAGUUCUGGCAACAGUGUUUCUUCUCACCUACACAAAGAUCCUGAGAAAUAUCGUAAAUUCUCUCAGAGCCACUCGUGUUGAGAUGAACCAGCAGCCAAAGCUAGUGUGGGCACUAGAUGGAAACUAUGAGUACCUCGGUACCCCUCAUGUCGUCCUUUUCACAGCUGCCAUUCUUCUAAUAGUGAUCCUAUGGCUACCGUACACACUCACUCUUCUCCUAGGGCACAGAAUUUUACCAAAACUCUCGCGAAAUCGAUUCACUGACAACGUGAGAUGUGUACUGGAGACCUACCAUUCCCCUCUGAUGCCCCACAAGAGGUUCUGGGUGGGUCUCCUACUGCUAGCUAGAUCUGUUCUCCUCCUUGCAUCGGCCCUUGUACCAUCAGACAGAGAAACUCUCAAUCUUUUACUGACUCUCCUGUUGUCCUUGCUCCUCCUCUAUCUCCUCACCAAGUGGGGCAGUGUCUACAGGAAUAGACAUGUGGGACAACUAGAAGCAUCGUUUGUGCUCAACGUGGCAGUUUUGGCUGCAGUCGAGAUGUACACAGUGUCUAGUGGAGUAGAAAGGAGAAUAGCUGUCAUCCAGACUUCAACUUUCGUCGUGUUUAUCAAGUUUCUCGUCGUAUUGAUGUACCACGUUUACAGUCGCGUCUGCCACGUGGGUUGUGUUAAAGAUUUUGAGACUAAAAUGAGGCAACUUCUUCCCAAGUGGCUGCUGGUGAACAACCCCAAGCAAGUGAGGACAAUCUCCCUCACAGAGAGCCUCAGAAUCCAGGGAAUCGAUUCUAACGAGGGGGGCCCCUCUCUCGAUUCUCAAUCUCUGCCGUCGACCAUGAGUUGGGCAGGAGGAGGAGUCUGUGAGGGACAGGGCACCUUCAGUAGUGGCACAGAGCAGGUGGGAAACUCUAACAUUGCCAGCACAGUGAGGAGGGAAGCAGAGAAAGAGACAGAAUUAUCACAGGUCAGAAGACAGACAAAUGAAAAUGCACCGAGAGCUAAAAACGCUCCAGGUACCACUGCUUAAAUGAUGACUAGAAAUGAUUGUGUGAUCAAAUUUGACACUAAAAAAAGUUAUAGUGCACUAGGCAAUAUGGACAUUAGAAAAAUAGAAUUUGGAGGUUCUGUAAUGUUUGUAGUUUUUCAAGGUGACAAGUAUUUCGGCAUAGAGUCAUUUCUCCAUGUCUCAGAGGUAGAGAAGAGCUCCUCCAACAAACCACACGUGACCUCCACAUUCCUGCG